AUGUUAAGCAGACGAGCAGUCCCGGAAAUUGGCGGUUCACAAGGCGGUUUCAUCGGACUUGUUGUCGCUUUGAGCUUGCUCAUUAUCAUCUGCUGUAUUGCAGUCUUCUUCCUCCUCCGCAAUCAUGAACCCUCCGAACAAGAUCGCAAUGCCCGCCGUGAGCACUACCGCCGUAACCGCGACCUCCAAGCACACGAUUCAACAGCGGAACAGAGCUCCUUUGGGGACAAGCUCCGUGGAGUAUGGGCAGAUAGAUGGAGUAGUAGGAGCAGAAGCGGCGGACGACGAGGUGGGCGUAGCUGGAUCCAAGCUGGCUCAGGUGAUGAAUGGGAGAUUAAUUCAGAUCACGGUGAAGAACGUAGGGCACAGCAGCCCAUGGAACCCUUUUCCAGGUCUUUUCAAGAGGGACCUUACAGCCCCCAGGUCCCAGAAAUCGACUCACCGCUGUCAGAUGCGGAGUCGUAUGCACCGAUGCAUUAUGGGGAUUCGUACGCAAAGGGCCCAUUGCAUGUGACAUCGCCACAGCGGGUGACUUUUGCACGGUCUCAGUCACCGCUCUCGCUGUCGAGCUCACCUAUGUCCCCUGGAUCGCAUCGAGAUGCAAGUGUGGAUGACGAAGAGGUGCACCCGCCCGACCACCGUCAUUUCUCUACACAAUCAUCGACAUCAGUGCGGACUUUUGAGGGAGGCACAAAGUUUAUCGAGUCGCUCUAG